GCUGCCAUGGCGACUCCGGACGUCAGCGUUCACAUGGAGGAGGUGGUGGUGGUGACCACACCUGAUGGAGCAGUGGAUGGAGGUGGUGUGGAGGAGGUGAAGACAGUGCUGGUCACUACCAACCUGUCCCAGCAUGGUGGUGACAUAAAUGAAGACACUCUGGAGACAGAAAAUGCAGCUGCUGCAGCUGCUGCUGCCUUUACAGCCUCUACCCAUCUGAAGGAAGCAGUCCUAGUGAAGAUGGCUGAAGAUGAGGACAGUUUGGAGGCAGAGAUUGUCUACCCCAUCACCUGUGGGGACAGCAAAGCCAACCUCAUCUGGAGAAAGUUUGUGUGCCCUGGGAUCAAUGUCAAGUGUGUGCAGUUUGAUGACCACCUCAUCAGCCCCAAGGAGUUUGUCCACUUGGCAGGGAAGUCAACCCUGAAGGACUGGAAGCGAGCGAUCCGGAUGAACGGCAUCAUGCUGCGGAAGAUCAUGGACUCAGGAGAGCUGGAUUUCUACCAGCACACCAAGGUCUGUUCCAACACCUGCAGGAGCACCAAAAUCGACCUGACAGGAGCCAGGGUGUCCUUGACCAGUCAGACCUCGACUGAGUACAUCCCACUGACUCCUGCUCCCACGGAUGUGAAUGGAUCCCCAGCCACCAUCACCAUAGAAACCUGUGAGGAUGCCAGCGAUUGGAGCACCACCGUUGGAGAUGACACCUUUGCUUUCUGGCGAGGCCUGAAGGACAUGGGGCUCCUGGAGGAAGUCAUCCAGGAGUUCCACCAGGAGCUGCUGGAGACCAUGAAAGGCUUGCAGCAGCGAGCACAGGAUCCCCCGCUGCAGCUGGGUGAUGCUGUUUUACUCAACAACGUAGUCCAGAACUUUGGGAUGCUGGAUCUGGUCAAGAAGGUCCUGGCCAGCCACAAGUGUCAGAUGGAUCGCUCCAGGGAGCAGUACACAAGGGAUUUGGCAGCCCUGGAGCAGCAGUGCGAUGAGCACCGCAAGAGAGCCAAGGAGCUGAAGCACAAAUCCCAGCACCUCAACAACGUCCUGAUGACCCUCACGCCUGUCACUGUCCCCACGCCUCUGAAACGUCCCAGGCUGACCAGGGCCACCUCUGGACCGGCUGCCAUCACCUCCCAAGUCCUGUCCCAGCCAGCCCAGCUGGCGGUGUCCCCCGGCAUGCCAGUCUCCCAGCUCACCAACCUCCCUCUUGGCAAAGUGGUCUCUACCCUCCCACCCUCGGUGCUGGGGAAGAGCCCCUCUCAGCCCCCCGCUGCCAGCAGCUCCCCAGCCUCUCCCCUGCUGGGGGGCUACACGGUACUGGCCCCUGCCGGCUCCACCUUCCCUGGGACAGUGGAGAUCCAUCCGGACGCUUCCAACCUGGCGGUGCUGAGCACAGCCGCGGUACAGGACGGCAGCACGGUGGUGAAGGUGGUGAGCCCCUUCCAGCUGCUGACGCUGCCAGGACUGGGCACCACCAUCCAGAACGUGGCACAGGUGGCUCCCUGCGGCAGCACGGUGGUCACCGUCCCCUCCGGCACCCCCGAGGCCGGGCCGGGGGAGGAGCAGAGCGCUGCCGGCGCCCUCCAGGUGGCUGCGGCGGCCGAGGAGGUGGAGCAGAAGUGA